CAAAUAUCUUAACCUACAAAAAAGCUCAGCCAGUUUCUUUAAUAGAUCAAACUUUGCCUCAAAUUCUGUUGUCUUUUCCUAAAUUGCCCUAUUUACAACCUUUUCAGCUACCAUCUGUUAUGCAAUAUCCUCAUGAAUAUCAGGAAACUUUUUCAUCUUAUUUAGCUCCUCCAUAUCAAUCUGGAA